AUGCCUUCGUCCAAGGACAUGAACUGGGAUACGUCGCGUUGGCAGCCUCUAAUCGAAGACCGCUCUUUCCUCCCAUGGCUUGUCGGCCCUCCCACGGAUCAGGAACAAAUGCGCGCUCGUCACCUGCCCCCUCAGAUGAUUGCAAAGUUGGAAGAGCUGUGGAAGGACAACCAGCAGGCCACCAUUGCUGAUCUCGAAAAGGGUGUCGGUGUUGAUGAUGAACCCGCCCCUGUGCUCCUGCGCUAUGACGAUGCAUACCAGUACCAAAAUGUCUUCGGACCUCUGGUCAAGAUUGAAGCCGACUACGAUCGCAAACUCAAGGAAUCGCAAUCGCAGGAUGGUCUAAUUGUGCGCUGGGACUUUGCACUCAACAACAAGCACCUUGCCAGCUUUGUCCUGCCCAAACUCGAGAUGGGAGAUGUGAAAUUGGCUGUUGGAGAUGAGAUGCGCCUGCGCUACACUGGAGAACUGCGACCUCACUGGGAAGGUGUCGGAUAUGUUAUCAAGAUCCCCAACAACCAGUCUGACGAAGUCACCAUCGAGUUGCGCUCAAAGGGAGACCACAAGUCUGUGCCUACCGAAUGCACCCACAACUUCAGCGCCGACUAUGUCUGGAAGGCCACUUCGUUCGAUCGCAUGCAGCAUGCCAUGAAGACAUUUGCGAUUGACGAGAUGAGUGUUUCUGGUUACAUUUUCCACCGCCUGCUCGGACAUGAGGUUGCUGCUGCUCCCAUGAAGACUCAGCUCCCGCGCAAGUUUAGCGUCCCCGGUCUGCCCGAGCUCAACAGCAGUCAGAUUAAUGCUGUCAAGAGCGUCCUACAGAAGCCGCUCAGCUUGAUUCAAGGUCCUCCAGGAACUGGUAAAACCGUCACUUCGGCAACUAUCAUCUACCAUUUGGCCAAGCUCAAUGGUGGCCAAGUCCUUGUCUGUGCUCCCUCUAACGUCGCUGUCGAUCAAUUGUGCGAACGUAUUCACCGUACCGGCCUCAAGACCGUUCGCGUUACGGCAAAGUCAAGGGAAGAUGUCGAGUCUCCAGUAGGCUUCCUGUCUCUUCACGAGCAGGUCCGCAUGAACGACACCAACGUCGAACUGAACAAGCUCAACCAGCUCAAGGCUGAAUUGGGCGAGUUGUCCAGCCAGGACGAAAAGAAGUACAAGCAGCUCGUCCGCAACGCUGAGCGUGAGAUUCUGUCCAACGCCGAUGUCAUCUGCUGCACUUGCGUUGGUGCCGGUGACCCUCGUCUUGCUAAGCUCAAGUUCCGAACCGUCCUCAUUGACGAAUCUACCCAAUCUGCUGAGCCAGAGUGUAUGAUUCCUCUGGUUCUCGGCUGCAAGCAGGUUGUCCUCGUUGGUGAUCACCAACAGCUAGGUCCCGUCAUCAUGAACAAGCAAGCUGCUAAGGCUGGUCUUAACCAGUCUCUGUUCGAACGUCUGGUCAUCCUUGGAUGUGCUCCUAUCCGUCUGCAGGUGCAAUACCGUAUGCACCCUUGUCUGUCCGAGUUCCCCUCCAACAUGUUCUACGAGGGAUCUCUUCAGAAUGGUGUCACUAUGCACCAACGCCUGCGCCGCGAUGUCGACUUCCCUUGGCCUGUCGCUGACUCGCCUAUGAUGUUCUGGUCCAACUUGGGCAACGAGGAAAUUUCUGCCUCUGGUACCUCCUACCUUAACCGAACCGAGGCUCAGAAUGUUGAGAAGCUCGUCACUCGCUUCUUCAAGGCCGGUGUCCAGCCUCAGGACAUUGGUAUCAUCACCCCGUACGAAGGCCAACGCUCAUAUGUUGUCUCUUCCAUGCAGGCUACUGGUACUUUCAAGAAGGAGUACUACAAGGAGAUUGAGGUCGCUUCCGUCGAUGCUUUCCAGGGUCGUGAAAAGGACUUCAUCAUCUUGUCUUGUGUUCGUUCCAACGAUCACCAGGGCAUUGGUUUCCUUUCUGACCCUCGCCGUCUGAACGUUGCUUUGACUCGUGCCAAGUAUGGGCUGGUCGUUUUGGGUAACCCCAAGGUUCUCAGCAAGCACCCCUUGUGGCAUUAUCUCCUUCUCCACUUCAAGGAGCGUAACUGCCUAGUCGAAGGUCCCCUCACCAACUUGCAGGUGUCUCUUCUGCAGUUCAGCAGACCCAAGACCACUUACCGCGGACCGCAGCGUUACCAGAUGGCUUAUCAGCACGCCACCAACAUGGCUGCCUCUGGCGGCAAUGGCGAUGGCCGUGCUACUGGUCGUAAGAACGGCUACAACGACAACGGGUCUGUUGUUGGUUACAUCCCUGACGAUGUUUCUUCUGUUCACUCUUCGGCCUUGGGAGGCGCUACUCUGCCAUCAAACUACCCUCCCAUGUUCAAGAACUUCACCGAGGCCUGGCCUUCUCUUCCCGGACGUAACGGACCAUCAGCGCCUAUCAAGAGGGACAAUGUUGCCGAAAGUGUUGCUGGCGAAAGUGUCGCUGCUAGUGAGAUCACCGACAUUACUACCACCACCAAUGGUGUGCCUGGCAAGAACGGAACUGGAGUGGGACAGGGUGGUGUUAGUCUUGCUGGCUUGAGCAUCAACGAUAUUGGCAAGCAGGCUAGCUUGUCCCAGUCAGACCGUCUCAAGCGUUACGUUGAAGGUGGCACCAUGCAACCUUCUGUUGGUCUUCGUGGCACCAGCAGACUUGAUGAUGACGAUGUGCGCAGCGUUAGCACCGCUUUCGCAAGCCAGGUUGGUUUGGGAGGAUAUGAUUGA